AUGACUAGUCUUCAUUAUUAUCCUAGCUCAACAAAUAAAGUUAAGCCGGGCACUCCUUGAAUUCCUUGAAGAAGGCUAAGUGUUUCUUCUGGGGGCACGCCAAGCCAAGAAAAGGCAAGAAAUUUAAGGAAAAAGUGAUAUUUUACAGUAGAAAAAUCGAAAAAAACUGCUGAUACCCAACUAUUGGUAGAAGCAGCCAAAGCAAAAACUAAUGCCAGAGCAACUCCUUCUAAUAGAAGUAGAAAUAUUACUCCAAAAGGAUAUAGAACGAAGUACAGCAACAAUUUGAUAAGAUCAUUAGUAAAUGAUCAGUUUAAGGAUUAUCUAGAAAACAACACUAUUACUUCAUUGCCUCCUAUUGAACUAAUAAAUAGAGUCAGCAUCAGUCCGCCUAGUGUUACUCCAAACGAUAAUGAGCCAAAAACUGAUAUGUGUAACAGCACAUUAAAUGAACCUGAAAUUAUCUCUGAUCAAGAUAGAGAAGCUGUGAGUUUUAAUUUUGAAAUUCAAGAAAAUGAGUUAGAUCUGCAUAUAUUAUUAAUAAAGUUUAAUGUCCACUUCUAAGCAGCUGGUCAGCCUAUGUCAAACUUCUACCUAUUUCGCUCUUUGAUUUCCGUCUUAUUUCCUCUUGCUCACAACCUAAGAUUAGUGUAGGGUAACUAAAUUCUUUCUUCUUGCUCACUAGGUAGUGAAUUCAACCUCGGCCAGAUAAGGAUACUAGUCCUGAAGUUUGGGCUUCGAUGGCAUGAGUUAGAUCAGCUUAAAAUUGAGCUUUUUGAUAAUUUCUCUAACUUUCUCAAUUAAUAAUUUCCAUUUUUAGUUUGAGAAAAAAAAACUUAUAUAUUAAAUGAUACUGAUUAUUAAUGGCAUUUCAGAAAAAUAUUUCCUUGCUCACUAUUCAUGAGGUGUAAGACAUUUGAUAAAAGCAGUCAUAAAGAUACAAAAUCCCAGCAUAAUGACUAUUCAUUAUCUGUAAACCAACCCUCACUUUCUUUGGCAGGAAAGCAUAUCCCAAAGAACUACUUCAUUCGUAAUGCCUUCACACCAAACCGAAGCCUCCGAAAAACUGCAAAUUCAAAUAAUGUAGAAAAGGCUUUAACACCUAUGCCAAUUAGUGGAGCAGCUUGCCAAAGCAGCGAAAUCAAUAUCGAUAUUAAAAUUGGUUCAAUAAUAAAUGCAAAUGAAUGCAACAAAAUUAGCCCAUGACAACCAUAUACAUAAAAAAUGGCGCGGCGAUUCAGCCCAACCUCCUAACAUACCUGCAGCUUGGAGACUCAGGGACCUUGUGAAGGAAUUUUGGCGUUCGGUAUGUGUUUAAAUUUGUAUGGUAGCGCAAUGUCCAAAGACAAAGUUUUACCUCAGAUGAAGAUGUAGUUCGCUGUUGGAAAGGGGUGUCCCAUCAAUACCAGUGAGGCUCCUCCAGUCGAUCGGGAACGUCCCAGCGCAAUACUAGGUGUUACGUCUUGGACUACGAAUUUUCAUCUUGGCCGACAGGUACCAAAACAUUAGCUUUUCGAAUAAUAUAGAAUUAAGCACGUUUCUCAUGGCGCAGUAACACAAAUUUCCGCUACAGGAUGCAUGUGAAGACCCUUGUCUAGUAGAAGCAAGCUCUAGGAUUGUUGGCGAAGCAGAUGAAUGGAGCGUUAUGGAAGUAAUAAGGAUCUUCGAUCCCAACAGGGAGCUUUUCUAUAAUCUAACUAAAUGUAAGCCCAUGACAACCUUUAAAAUAUAAAGGCAUCCUAAAAAAAUUUAAUGAAGAUUAUAGAAAUAAAGCCAAAAAAGGGAUCAAAAUAUUAGAAAUAAAGAAGGAAAAUAAAGAAGAAAAAUUCAACCAUCAUGUUGAAAUUUUGACUGAUGUGACUUAA